GGGAAGCCAGCGUGACCAGCAGUAAACCGGACUUGCCUACCCAAACUAAGAAAUUAAUUAUUUUAGGCGAUUAUGGAUUUUUACAAAUUACUCCGGCUUUCCUUAAAAAUGAAUAUUUAGAAAGAGAAUUAAAGGAUACCGAAAAAGGAAAUGUUUUAAGAGAAUUUAGCGAAAAAAUCAAAAAAAUUAGCGGAAUUAUAAAAAGUGGUUUAUUAAGCAUUAAUUCUUUACCCUUAUCCAAGAAGCGGUAUAGUCCUCCUCCCGGUUUCGCCAAUUGCAUAGCUAUUUUGCAAGCUAAAGUUAGUAACAGCGGAAAAACUAAUCCAGCCAAAGCCAAAAAGGAGAAAGCAAAGGAGGCGGUGAAAAUUCCUUGA